UGAAAACAUUCACCGCCUGCAGAUAGAAUCGUGUCUUUUCUGUAUAACAGAGUGCCAACCAAUACACAUCACAUCGCCGCCUUCAUUCUCAUUUUCAAACAAUUUUCCACAAUUCAAAUCUCAACCGGCUAAUGGUGACGUCACCGUCGCCGGUUGAACCAGCAUCAGAAGAAGAUAUGGAUGCUGCUGCAGAUUUAAAACCUUUAAGGAGAUCUUCUACUUCCAUAAAUAACAAUAAUAAUUCUGGUAGUCUGGCGAGACGGAGAACGAAGAGUUCUCCUGUUCUCUGUCGGUCGGAAUCGUUGGGUAGGGAGAUCGGACAUGCUGCUAGUGAAACGUAUUUGAUUACCAGACUUGCCUUUACUCUUCUCAGAUAUCUCGGGGUAGGCCGCCGGUGGAUCUCAAGGCUUCUUGCCCUCGGUCUUUACGCGAUGUUGUUAAUGCCUGGCUUCCUCCGAGUUCUAUAUAAAUACUUUACUUCUAGCCAAAUUCGUAGAAGCAUAGUUUAUGGAGAUCAACCUAGAAACAGGUUGGAUUUAUACCUACCCAAAAACAUAGAUACUCCAAAGCCAGUUAUCGUAUUUGUGACCGGUGGAGCAUGGAUCAUAGGAUAUAAAGGAUGGGGUUCUCUCUUAGGGUUUCAGUUAGCAGAAAGAGAUAUCAUCGUUACAUGCAUUGAUUACCGAAACUUUCCCCAGGGUACAAUCGGUGAUAUGGUUGAAGAUGUUUCUCGAGGAAUAUCAUUUGUAUGCAAUAAUGUAGCUAACUAUGGAGGUGAUCCCAAUAGGAUAUAUCUAAUGGGACAGUCUGCUGGUGCACAUAUAGCUUCUUGUGCACUCUUAAAACACGCUAUCAAGGAAUCCAAAGGAGAGAGCGUUUCUUGGAGUGCGUCUCAAAUAAACGCUUAUUUUGGUUUAUCCGGGGGGUACAACUUAACCAACUUAGUUGACCAUUUUGACCGCCGAGGACUGUAUCGCUCUAUAUUUUUAAGUAUAAUGGAGGGGGAUGAAUCUCUGCAACAGUUUUCUCCUGAAAUUCUCGUUGAAGAUCCAAGUGCUCGAAACGCCAUUCCUCUCUUGCCCCAUAUCGUUCUUUUUCACGGAACUGAAGAUUUUUCUAUACCACCAGAUUCAAGUAUUACUUUUGUCGACACACUUAAGAGAGUUGGGGCACGAGCCGAGCUAAUACUAUAUCAUGGAAAGACCCAUACAGACUUGUUUAUUCAAGAUGCUCUAAGAGGUGGGAAGGAGGAGCUGUUUGAUUUUAUAGUUGAAUACUUGCAUGCUGGUGAUCCAGAAGCACUUGCUAAUGAUGCAAUGGCGCCACCAAGAAAACGACUUUGUCCGGAACCGCUGGUGAAGUUGGCUGGUAUUGUUAGCCCCUUUUGAUUCCAUGUUUGUAAUUGUUGUAUGUCUAGGACUUCCACUCCUGGUUUGCCUUUUGUCAUAGUGGAUGUAGAAAACUAUAUGUAAUCUCGUGUAUUUUUUUUUCUUAUAAUAUUUAUUCACAUGUUUCUUAUCGUA